UCCUUCUGUCUUCAAGAGUAUGUCUCUAGGUGUUUAACUUGAAUAGAAGGGAUUGGAUGUAGCUACCGGUUCAGGAGGUCUCAGCUUUAAUUGCUAGAUUGUUAAUUCCAGGACACAUUGGGUAGGGAUUCUGUCAGCCAUAGGGCAAUUCUCUACUCGGUCCCUACUGUGUGAGCAGGAAUUCAGUAAGCUGUCGAGAGCAAGUGUCUUGUCCGUGUGGCUUAUCUGGGCAUAGACUAUUUCCAUGCCUGAGAUAGGAAGGCACGUAGGGUGACAUACAGUUCUCUACCCAGAUUAUUCUUUCUCUGGUGGUAGAUAAAAAACUGCCCUGAAAGUUCAGGCUCACGCCUCCCUAGCAGCAACACUGGCCAUUUGCUAAGUGAUAUGUUUUGUUGUAGCAACCUCUUCUGAAGUAGCUGUUGUAAAGAAUGUUUUCUAUCUAAGGCAGAGGGUUGCAUACAUACCAAAUAAAUAGCUGCCGCCUUUUUUUUUUUUCCCUACACAGGUGUGAAACUUCUGUUGCAUGGUCUUUGUUCCAACACCACGGUCAAAUCUCUGGAUUUGAAGCACAUAGCUGUUCUAUUGGAUCUACAGUCCUAAACUGUAUCAGACCUGUCUUUCUCGACUCUAUCCACUGUUCCUCCAGGGAAAUAACCUGCGAACCAUGGGAGCUGAGGCUUUGGGAAAACUUCUUAGGCAGAACAAAUCCAUCAGGAGCCUAAUCUUGGAAUGGAACAGCCUGGGCGUGUGGGAGGAGGGCUUCUCAUUUUUCUGCCAGGGACUGGGAGCAAACAAGUUUCUCCAGCGACUAGAUCUGCGCAAUAACCAGAUCAACCAUCAUGGGGCAGGAGAGUUGGCCAUGGCACUGAAACGAAAUGCUAGCCUACAGGAGCUGGAUUUGCGUUGGAACAAUAUUGGGCUUCUGGGUGGCCGAGCUUUGUUGAACUGCUUGCACAGCAACAAGACCCUGAAGAGGCUGGAGCUGGCUGGGAACAAUGUUCCCAGUGACAUCCUGAAAGCUGUGGAAACAUGUGCAUGUUCUCCUGCUCUCUCUGCAUCAGAACAAGCCUUGGAUUACAACCAAGACCGUCAGACUAUCCUCAGUGAGACCCAGAACCAAGCUUGCAUGCUCAGCAAGGAGAUUUUGAAUCUGAAGGAUGAGAAGACCAAGCAGUUCUUAGAUUUGAUGGAUACUAUAGACAAACAGAGAGAAGAAAUAGCCAGGAGUGGCAGGAUGUCUGCGGGACGAGUCAGCCAGCUGCAGGAAGCAUUGAAGGAACAGCACUCUAUUAUGAAUUCACUGAAAGCCAAACUGCAGAUGACUGAAGCUGCCCUGGCUCUGUCUGAGCAGAAGGUGCACAAUCUGGGAGAGCUGCUGAGUGCCAUGAAACAGGAACAAGCCAACGUGGUUGAGCGCCACUUUGCAGAGCUCCAGCAGCAACAGCAGGAAGGUGCUGAUCGGGAAGGGAAGCUUUUCCGUGACUUGUCUGCUUGCAAUGAGAAGAACUUGCUUCUAAGAAACCAGGUGGAUGAGUUGGAGAAGAAGUGCAAAGUCCAGCAGGAUCAGUUAUUCCAGCUGAAACAAGACUUGACCAACACAACAGCAGAGCUGAAGCUACGGGCUGUGCAGGCUGAGGAGCGCCUAGAAAUGGAGAAGAGAAGAUUAAAACAAAGUCUUGAAGACAUGGAAUCACUUCGGUUAAAAGAGGUGGAUCAUAUGACACAGCACAUGGAGGCCAGUGAACGUUCUCUGCAAGACAGGGUCCAGAGGCUGGAGGCCAUCAGGAUAGCUCUGGAGGAGGAGCUGAGCCAAGUCAAAGCAGCUGCACUCACUGAGCGAGGACUUGCAGAGGAAGAGUUAAUAAAAGUUCGUAAUCAGGCACGGCUGGAUGAGCAGCAACGACUAGAACAUCUAGAAGAGAAGCUGCGGCUGAUGACUGAAUCACGGGAUGAAGCUCAGAACUGCUGCCUUAAACAAAAACAAAUGGUUAGUGAGGCUCAAGCCAAGGCCAGUCAGUUGAGCCUGCACGCUGAUGGACUCAGAAGGCGUAUAGAGGAACUUCAGCAGGACCUGAAUAGUAAGGAACAGGAGAAAGUGACAGAAGUGAAUAAAGUGAAAGUGGAAUUACAGGAGCAGAUUGGACACCUACAGGCUGAACGCACAGCACAGGAAGGGCUAAGAGAGAAGAUUGCAGCCCUGGAGAGACAGCUGAAAGUCCUAUCAAGCAAUCACCGUGAGGCACUGCUGGACAAAGAAGGUGAAAUCUCUGUGUUGCUGGAGAAGCUGAGAAUGAAAGAGGCUGACAUCUCCAGGAUGAGGGAAGAAGAGGCCCAGCGAGCAAAUUUGUUGCAGAAUGCCAUCAUGGCAUAUGUGCAGGGCUCUCCCUUAAGAGCCCACAGUUCUAGGAAAUGAAGGUGUGGCUUAAAGAAUCCAGAUACCUGCUGUCAGAAAGAGGAUGAGCAAGUCAGGUACAGCCUCUUCUUUCUAAGCAGGACAGUUUUGGGGGUGAGAUGAAGGUUUGCAAACUGAAAACCCUUCUUGGUUUUCAGAAACCUUGCUCCCAACAGCAUAGAGGAAAGGAGGAAGUAACUGGGCAAGGCUAGGAUAUAGAGGCUUGUGGGUCUGAGUUUUAUCUGGAGUUCUUCCCCUUGCAUUGCUACAGCAUUUGAAGCAAUUUCUGUGUUCUUUUACACAGCACCAGUCUGUAAGCGUACCCUGUUGUUACCAGUUGGGUUGUACAUUCCCUGAGAAGUGGUCAUUCUGAAACACUUGUUUGAAUGCCAGGGCUAUCUGUUCACAAUGAAACCUUGUAAAUGAUUGGUAGCAGUGUUUACAGUUCCCUGUACAUGGGAGCCAUUUACUCUAAGCCAUGGGGCACAGAAGCUACUGAAAGUGUGGAUCUUUUUUAUAGCCAGUGGUUACAGAUGCAAGCAGCAGCUGACAGGGCUCACUUUGUCUCUUUUACCCCGCUGCUCUAUGGCCCUGGCUGUAGUGAUGGGCAGUACAGGUGCUUUUGUUAUGUAUACGGACAGUUCUGUGCAGGACUGCUGUGCAGUGGCAACCCAUAUCUUUGUUGGAUUCCUGGGUUUAGGACAUUGUUCAAGCCUCUACAACACCAAUGGACAUAGAGAGUUCUGUGUUCUUCCUCAUGAACUGCAGCCCUUGACUAGAGUUCUUGUGGCCAAAAUGCAACAAGAUUUAAUUCAACUAUGAGAAAUGGCAAAACUGCCCUCCUGGCUUCUCAGGAUCCUGGAACCGAGUGCUGGUUUGGGGGCCUUACCCUAGAGAGGAGUGAUGGUUCUGACUCGCCAGGGUGUGGAUGUGUUUCCUUUUCCUGGCAACAGAAGUCCAUCUAGUGGCAAGCAGAAAGGGAAGGGAUGUGAGGGUCUGAAUCAGAGGAAGGGGAGAGCUCUGUCAGGACUCCAGAAUUCUUCAGUGUGUGGUGGGAGAAAUGAAUACUUUCAGAGGCAAGUGGAAAAUGAAACUUUGUAUGGACCAGUUGGUCAGUAUUUGUGGUUUGUCAUAAUUCAGCUUUGCUUUGCUGUUUUAAUAAAGAGCUUUUGUUUUUUUCUGUAA